AUGCUUCGUCAAGUUGCCCUUGCUGCACUCUCUGUGCUGCCCCUCGCCCUCGGCCAGGUCGCUGAGGAUUUCGAGAGUGGCUGGGAUAAGGUCGCUUGGCCGACUUAUGCGCCCGAUUGCGAUCAGGGCGGUAGCGUUGAGCUUGACAAGACUACUGCGCACAGUGGAAAGAACUCUAUCAAGGUCACUGGUGGACCCAAUGGUUUCUGCGGACACAAGUUCUUCGGAACUGAUGCUGUUCCCGAGGGCCAUGUCUAUGUCCGAACUUGGAUGAAGACUGCCAAGGCUUUUGAUGACUCGCACGUCACUUUCAUCACUAUGCCUGACGCUGCGCAGGGCAAGGGCAAGCAUCUCCGCAUCGGCGGCCAGAGCAAGAUCAUGAUGUACAACCACGAAUCCGACGACGCCACUCUGCCCGAUCUAUCCCCCGACGGCAUCGCUGCCUCCAAGAGCAUCCCCGCCAACACCUGGCAGUGCCUCGAGUACCACCUCUCCCCCGACGGUACCAUCGCCACUUGGCUCAACGACAACCCCGUGCAUGGUCUUGUCUACAAGCCCGAGGCUCCCAGCUCUUAUGCCAACGGCUGGGCCAGGAGCAAGCCCAAGCCCAAGGUUCAGGGUGUUUACUUUGGUUGGGAGUCUUAUAGCGGUGCUGUCAACACUUUCUGGUUUGACGACGUUGCUAUUGACUCUAAGCGCAUUGGAUGCACUGUUAAGAAGUAA